UUGAAAUUUUGCAGGUUUCUGCCGAUAAAUUGCAGAAAGGGAACCGAUUUGCCAAUUACGCAGUGAAGCAAGAACUCGAGUGCUACAAAGAGGUAUAUUUAAGGUCCAUAUUCCGGGCGAAAUUCGACCGCUAGCUUUGCGCAACUCUGAUUGCGGGGAUGCCGUGAGCCAAGGGCACCAACCAACCACGUUUGGAGGAAAUUCACACCACGCAUUCGAUUACACUUUGCCCCUUUCAUGCGCUUUCGUUCACAAUUCACGCUAGACGGCUCAGCGUAGCCAUAAAUAGCGCAUCACCAACCUGCCACGCCAGAGCAGCUGUGGAAGAAGAAUGAUGAAGAAGAAGCCGCACCGAUCGGCUGCGUUCCAAAAUGCUCUCUGCUGGUAACAGCGUACCGGCCAACGGCCGAGGAUCAUCGACUCCGUUUCAUGAUGAAGACUCAAGCUAUAAAGUCGUCCUGCCACGUCUUCCAACCGGUAACGAUGUUUUGAAUUCCGUUUUCCUUCAUGCCGACUUGAGUGGUAGGUCGUACCGUGCACUAGACUUCCGUGACGCGCUGCUUAAAGUAGUGAGCAUAGCGGACAUUAUUGGAGUUGGCCAGUAUCAAAUGAGCCAUGUAUGGAUGGUUACGUGUGCAAACAGCAUGGCGAAACAGAAACUCAUCACUUGUGGUGAGCUCCGUGUAAAAGGGCUGAAGUGCAUGGUGCUAGAUCCGGAGACCAAGAAUAUUAGGCUGAAACUACUUUGGCUUCCGCCUCAUCUUGAAUCGCGACGUGUUGAAGAGGCGUUCCAAGCUUACGACGUUGUGAAGUCCGUUGAAAGAGAGGCAUGGAGAUGUGCAGGAAUGGAACAAUGGAUGACAACAAAUAGAGACGUUGCCUUGGAGCUCAAGGACACCAUCACUGUGAGCUCAAUACCACACCUUAUGUCAAUCUAUGGCCACCAAUGCCUCGUACUUAUUCCCGGUAGGCCUCCACUGUGUCUUCGGUGCAAGCGAGUGGGGCAUGUACGACGACAGUGCAAAACACCGAGGUGCUUGCAAUGCCAGCGUUUUGGUCAGUCGUCGGAUAGCUGCGUGUCGACUUAUGCCAACAAACUCCGUUCUGGCCAAGGCACAGAAGACCAACGUCUCGAUCAUCUUAUGGAUGUCACUGAGGUAGUUGAUGCGACAGGAGAAGCAGCGGGAGGAGCAGAAGGUGCCUUAAAGGAAGCGGAACACUUGUCCAUGGAUACCCUUGGCACGCAAAAUAACACCUCUAACGACGCCAGUGAAAGCAUAAAUGAAUGCAAUGCUGCUGACGAACACCACUUGGAAGGCCUUAAGGACAAGCCUCCUGACAAUGAGGAACAAGAAGGAAUGGAUUGCAGUCAGACAAGGAAGCGUCAGGCACCGGUCACCGAUGAAGCAACAACGAGUGCGCCAGACACGACAGAGCAACUGUCUUCGUGUGGUCCACGUGUCACCUUCUUUGGGGACCGAGAGACGCGCCGCCUAUGCCAGCGUCCUGAGGAAAGUGCUCCUAAAAAGUGCAAAGGAGGUAAAGCCACAGGUUGGCCUGUGGCUAAAGGUGACCUACAAAAGUAGUAAGAUAUCAAAAUGGCUACCGCGCUAACGUUUCCCAUGUGUGUAGCGACACUCA